AUGAGCGCUCCAAUAUCUCAGCUCUACCUGCUGUAUGCGAUCCCGGCCUUGAGCCCUGGACCUGGGGACCCUGGUUCCCAGCACUGUGUCCUCCAUGCUCCCCCUGGGCUUCCACAUCCCCGGAGGAAAGGGACACAGCCUCAGCGCCCCACUAAGGUCUCCAGUGGAUUUCCUACUUUUUUGUGUUUGUUUUUUUCAGGCUUGGCUGUUCUCCUGCAAGUGCAAUUAGGCUCAGCCUAUAAGUUGGUGUGCUACUUCACCAACUGGUCUCAGUAUCGACCAGAGCCAGCCAAGUUCUUCCCUAAGAACGUGGACCCAUGCCUGUGCACACACCUGGUAUAUGCCUUUGCCACCAUGAAUGACAACAAGAUUGCUCCCUAUGAAUGGAAUGAUAUUGAUGUCCUGUAUCCUCAGUUCCGAGCCCUGAAAGAACGCAACGGAGACCUGGUCAACUUGCUAGCCAUUGGCGGCUGGAACUUUGGCACUCAGAAAUUCACCACCAUGGUCUCCACGGCUGCCAACCGCAAGAUUUUCAUCUGUUCUGUCAUUGACUUUCUUCGUCAACAUGGAUUUGAUGGCAUUGACCUGGACAUUGAGUAUCCAGGUUCCCGGGGAAGCCCACCUGAGGACAAGCAGCGAUUUACCAUCUUGAUCAAGGAAAUGCUAGAGGCCUUUGAAGAAGAGGCUAAAGAAACAGGAAACUCCAGGCUACUUAUCACCGCAGCUGUAUCUGCUGGCAAGGGGACCAUUGAUGCGGGAUAUGAAAUUGCAGAGAUUGGGAAGCUUCUUGAUUUCAUCAACGUGAUGACUUACGAUUUCCACGGUGGCUGGGACACAACUACAGGCCACAACAGUCCCCUGCAUGUAGGAUCCAAGGACCAAGGCGACAUACGUUAUUUCAACUGUGAAUAUGCCAUGAAGUACUGGAGAGAUAAUGGGGUCCCAGCAGAGAAGCUCAUCAUGGGAUUCCCUACCUACGGGAGAACCUUCCGGCUCACCAGUUCUGACACCUCAGUUGGUGCCCCAGCCUCUGGAGCAGGGUCAGCUGGUCCUUACACGCGUGAGGCUGGCUUCUGGGCUUACUAUGAGAUCUGCCCGUUCUUAAGUGGAGCCACGAGUGCCUGGAUUGAAGACCAGAAAGUUCCAUAUGCUUACAAAGACACGGAGUGGAUUGGUUAUGACAACAUUAAGAGCUAUGAGUAUAAGGUUGACUUUCUCAAGGAGCACAAGUUUGGUGGGGCCAUGGUUUGGGCCAUUGAUCUGGAUGACUUCUCGGGCUCCUUCUGCAAUGAGAACAAAUACCCACUCAUAAGCAAGCUGAGGUCACUCCUGGGCAUAUCCUCAGAAUGUACUCCACCAGCCACCAACCCCUGGUAUAACCGGCCAGUGACCCCCAGAAAUGAAGGCUUCUGUGCCAAUAUUGGCGGAGGCAGUGAAAAGAGAAUACUCUUCCCUGGGAAAAGCUCUGAACGUAUGUUAAAGAUGCUCUAUCACCCCUGUCAAUAUCCUUCAAAGGAGGAGCCUAGACCUUGA